AUGUACAACAAUCUUCUUCUCAUCAGUACCAGUACCAAUUACUCUGCUCCAUUGAAAAACACUUCCUUCAUUACCAGUAGUCCUAAUACUCAUACUACUGAUAUUUCUUUCUUGUUUCAACAAGAAGAUUACUUCGACACUACCAAUAUUACAGAUAACCUCAACAACACUAAUCCUCUUUUCCCAUACUGCUCUUACUCACCAAGCCUUAAACGCCAACGACCCUAUGUUCCUAGAUUUCCUCUGGAUAAUUUUGCACUCAAUAACAAUGAUGGAUGGUUUCCGAAUCCUUUGAAUAACUCUUGUUUCCCAACUUCUCAGCUGGAUGAAUUUUUGUUUCCAACACCAACUAAUACUACCAUUACCACUACUACUGCUAAUGAGGUUUCAAUUGCACAGCCGGCUUAUUCAGACUAUCGAGGUGGCGGUUACGUUGAGACGAGUAACGGGAAGAAAUGUAACAGCGGCAGGUACUUAUCGGCUCAGAGUGUUGCGGCUAGAGAGAGGAGACGGAAAAUAAGUCAGAAAACACAACAGCUUGGGAAGUUGGUUCCUGGAGGAAGUAAACUGAGUACAGCUGACAUGUUUCAUGCUGCUUAUAAGUAUAUCAAGUUUUUGCAGGCUCAAAUUGGUGUGCUUGAAUUCAUGGUCUCAAUUCAGGAAAUGGAGGAAGGUUGUUUAACACCACAUUUAGGUGUUCUAUUGACAUCAUUACCCAUUCAAGAGAAGUUGUAUGCUCAGGAGAAGUGUUUAAUUUCGAGUUGUUGCAUAGAGAUUAUGCGCAAAACACAGGAGAUAAUUUAA